AGGAGAGAUAGAUGCGGGGUAUCCAGUCACCAAGUCCGCGCUUGCGGAGAAGGGCUAUGAUAUUGUUGAAGGAGAAGACGAGUCGGAAGAUGAAGACUUGUUUGGCAGGAUCCCAAAGCUGGAACCUGAUGCAGCCAGAGAAAAAGGAAAGCAGGCUUUCCAGGACGGAAAGUAUGACAAGGCUAUCAAGUAUUGGCAAGGUGGUCUCAAGCAUAUCUUGGGAUCCUUGUGUUCAGGACCCGAGGCUUUGUCAAAUCAGUCGCUCUCCGAAUUGGACUUGACUCUAAAUUUGAACAUUGCCAUGGCUUACAUGAAGAAGGAGGACUAUCAAGCUGCAGACAGGUGUGUCGACAAAGCUUUGGCCCGGAGGGAGGCACUACCACCUCAUUUGAUUACAAAGGCUCUAUACAGGAAAGCCAGCGCACAGCGUUGCAUGAAGAGGCUGGAUGCGUGCCUUGAAACUCUCAAAGGGUUGCUGGAGGUGGAAUCGAACCAUGCAGCUGCGAAGCAAAUGCAACAGGAGGUCGAGCGUGAUUGGAACAAGCAGUGCAGGGACCAGAAGAAGAAUUUCAGGAAGCUUUUUGAUAAACUUUCUGGAGAAGACAAGCAAGCGGAGGAACAAGAGCGACACGCAAGACAAGCCCUACGUGAGAGGUGCGCCGUACGAUGGUUGCAAGGCGAUGUUGAUUCAGAAACCUUUGCGCUUGGCAGCUCUCCUGCUUGCGUCGAGAAGGACUGGGGGCUUGCGUUGAGCAGAACUGUGCUCUGGGCUCUAGAGCAAUUUGCUGUGGAGGGGCACGUUUGUGUUUCGACGGAAGAGAGUCGUGCAGCAUUUUGCUUUGUUGGUGUGUCUUCGACCUGCGAGUUGAGAUGGCUCAGACCUGCUGAACUCUUGAAGCGACUGCCGACUGUUCAGUGCCUGGAGCUCGAACUGGUAGGCUUCCUUGGCGAGAUAGACCCAGACAAUUCUCGGGUGCCAGACCCGGUCAAAGAACUGCCAGAGGGAGUGAUUGAAACUCAGCUGGAGGAUCGCCAAGCGAGGCUGCGGGCCACAAAAGGAAGUUUAGAGGAUGCCGUGAAGCAGGAAAUGUUUUGUGAUUCAGAAGGAAAGGAGGUAUUGCCACAGAUGUGCUUCAUUGCACAUCCACAAUUGCACCGCUACUACACAGAGUUUCACCCAGCGAUCAACUGGCUGAUCAAGAAGUGCAUACCUACGGUUGUCAUUGGAGCUUCACAUCCAGAUCCGUCAUGGAAGCAGGAUGAACAUUUGCUCCAAAAGCUUGGUGCCACUAUUGUGGUCUCAAAGCGAGAAAACCCAUACCCAAUGUGCUUGCCCGGUGAUUCCACCGUGAAGAAAUGCAGCCACAUCAUCGGUUUUUGCGGAGGAAAGGCGAUAGAGAGGGAUAAGUUGAUGAGUGCCAAAAUUGAGCUUCUCUCUCAAGAUUACGUUGUGAGAUGAUGGUAGAAAUAUCCAGACAGCCCAAAAUGAAAGUGCCAUGGCAUUACUUGCAAAUGUAAAGUGUUCAGUGACAGAAGAUGUUCGCUUUUGUUUGAGUAUGAGGUGCACGAGUUUGUACUUGUGCUGUCAAGUUGGCACUGCGGCCGCGCAGCUCAAACUUGACUAACGAGACA